UAUAUUGUAACUAUUUCACGCAUCACGAGUGAGAACAAGCAGCUAGGUCGCUAGGACAUAGUUAUAUUAUAUACUCUUAUAGUCAUAUCUAUACAUCGUUGGGCCAACACUACUAUAUUAUAUUAUUAUGUGUAUUAGUUAAUAAUUUGCAUUAAUAUUUUAUUUCCAUUUGGUCUAAAUUUGGUUUUAUAUUUGUUAAUUAUUAUUAUUAUUGUUGUUGUUGUAAAUUAAUUUCUAACAACUUCAACAUGUUUAUUUUUGCUUACUCACAACUGUUGAUGAUAAUUCUCCACGUCACCUGUGGUUAUGAUUACACGACUAAUUAUAUAACUGUACCGGUUGACCAUUUUAGUUACACCAAUAGUGAUACAUUUAAAAUGAAGUAUCUUAUGAACGACACAUAUUGGGAUGUUGAUAAAGGUCCAAUAUUUUUUUAUGCUGGCAAUGAAGCACCAAUUGAAGAUUUUUCUGAUAAUACUGGCUUUAUGUGGGAAAUAUCAAGAGAAUUUAACGCACUGGUCGUGUUCGCCGAGCACCGUUACUAUGGCGAGUCCAUGCCCUAUGGAAAGAGUUCGUUCGAUGACAAAGUGAAAUUGGGCUAUUUGACCUCACAGCAAGCGAUGGCAGACUUCGUAGACUUGAUAAAGUAUUUGCGUAACGACACGCUGUGUAUCGGAAAACGACCCAAUCCGGUAAUCGCUUUUGGCGGUUCGUACGGAGGAAUGUUGGCAGCGUGGUUCCGCAUCAAGUAUCCCGCUACUGUCGAAGGAGCUAUAGCUUCUUCAGCUCCAAUAUGGCAAUUUACUGGAAUGACACCGUGCAAUGAUUUCUAUAAAGUGACAUCGUCGGUUUACAGAAAUACUAAUAUCGAAUGCGGAUCAACUAUUUCAGCAUCCUGGAAAGCUAUAAAUAAUGUCACAGAAACUGAUUCUGGGAAAGCAUGGUUAACGGACAACUGGAAACUAUGUACACCGUUAGAGACCACUGACGACGUAGCACGGUUAAAAUAUUGGGCUGCUGACGUGUAUGUGGCACUGGCCAUGGUUAACUAUCCUUACGAGGCAAAUUUUUUGGCUCCUUUGCCGGCGAAUCCGAUCAAGGAAGUCUGCAAAUCGAUGACAAACCACACGGAAGACGAUGCGACGCUCCUGAUGUCGGUAUUUCACGGGCUGAGCGUCUAUUUCAAUUACACCGGGUCGGCCAGUUGUUUAAAUCUGUCGUCGGCGUUUUCCGAUGAUAUGACGAAAGGUUGGAAUUAUCAGGCUUGUACAGAAAUGAUAAUGCCGUUUUGUACUAAAGGUGGCGAGGACGACAUAUUUGAACCGUACCCGUGGGAUUUUGAAAGCUACGCAAAGUACUGUGAAAAUCGAUAUGGCGUCAAACCGACCACGGACGAUGUCGAAAAACAGUACGGUGGUAAAAAUCUUAAAGCUGCGUCCAACAUUAUAUUCAGCAAUGGCUUAUUAGACCCGUGGUCUAGUGGCGGCGUAUUGAAGAGUAUAUCGUCGACCGUCAGGGCGUUAUUGAUACCAGACGGUGCUCAUCAUUUGGACUUGAGGGCAUCGCAUCCCAACGACACGACAUCCGUGAUCCAUGCAAGGAAAACCAUUAAACAUUGGAUCAUAAAAUGGAUUUUCGAUUACAGACAUCGAAAGUAAACGGAUGACUGUUGCUUCACACUUCACAUAGUUAAUCAUUCCAUAUCAAAUACGGGUAUUUUGAACGUGCAUAAAUUAAAUUAUCAACCGGUACGAAUGUACCUAUACGAUGAUUUAGUUCAAAUAUUUAACAGUUUUGUAAGCUUCUGUAAUACAGAAUAAUAUUUUUUAAAUAUAUUUUAAAUAAA